CCGGCCCCCCACCCUGUCCCAAGUCCCUCCCUCAAAGUAUUUACAGGCCCACACGCCCUUGCUUCCCGCCUUCAAAACGCAUCGAACUGGUUGGUCGGCUGCUGCUGCGUGACGCAGUGGAUGUUGCCCCCCCCCCGAAGAAGAUCCCGCGUGCAGACGCCUAUCACGCGCCGCUCUGGGUACAGGAACUGGAGGAGCUCUAUGGCCUCCUCGUCCUUGGGAUCCAUGAACUGCGGUACGACGAUAGCCUCGUUGGCUAUGUAGAAGUUCACGUACGAGGCCGGCAUGCGCCGGCCCACCUUGCGUCCAACGAUGCGCGCGUUUCCCUCUUCGUGCGUGCCCUCCCUCCCUUCCUCCCUCCCUUUCUCCUUCCCUCCCUCCU